GGAGGGGCCCACUUGUAAAAAAAGAAAGAAAAGAGAUGUCACUCAAUCGUCUCACACGGGCCCCCGUCAAUUUAAACGGCCUGCCUUCUGCCCAAUCGCAUCUUACCAGAACCAGAGAGAUUCAUUACCAAAGAGAUAGAGAGAGAGAGAAAGAGAGGAGACAGAGAGAGAGUUUGAGGAGGAGCUUCUUCGUAGGGUUCAUCGUUAUUAACGUUAAAUCUUCAUCCCCCCCUACGUCAGCCAGCUCAAGAAACAUGGGUGCAGGUGGAAGAAUGCAAGUGUCUCCUCCCUCCAAAAAGUCUGAAACCGACAACAUCAAGCGCGUACCCUGCGAGACACCGCCCUUCACUGUCGGAGAACUCAAGAAAGCAAUCCCACCGCACUGUUUCAAACGCUCGAUCCCUCGCUCUUUCUCCUACCUCAUCUGGGACAUCAUCAUAGCCUCCUGCUUCUACUACGUCGCCACCACUUACUUCCCUCUCCUCCCUCACCCUCUCUCCUACUUCGCCUGGCCUCUCUACUGGGCCUGCCAGGGCUGCGUCCUAACCGGCGUCUGGGUCAUAGCCCACGAGUGCGGCCACCACGCCUUCAGCGACUACCAGUGGCUGGACGACACCGUCGGCCUCAUCUUCCACUCCUUCCUCCUCGUCCCUUACUUCUCCUGGAAGUACAGUCAUCGACGCCACCAUUCCAACACUGGCUCCCUCGAGAGAGACGAAGUGUUUGUCCCCAAGAAGAAGUCAGACAUCAAGUGGUACGGCAAGUACCUCAACAACCCUUUGGGACGCACCGUGAUGUUAACGGUUCAGUUCACUCUCGGCUGGCCUUUGUACUUAGCCUUCAACGUCUCGGGAAGACCUUACGACGGCGGCUUCGCUUGCCAUUUCCACCCUAACGCUCCCAUCUACAACGACCGUGAGCGUCUCCAGAUAUACAUCUCCGACGCUGGCAUCCUCGCCGUCUGCUACGGUCUCUACCGCUACGCUGCUGUCCAAGGAGUUGCCUCGAUGGUCUGCUUCUACGGAGUCCCGCUUCUGAUAGUCAACGGGUUCUUAGUUUUGAUCACUUACUUGCAGCACACGCAUCCUUCCCUGCCUCACUACGAUUCGUCUGAGUGGGAUUGGUUGAGGGGAGCGUUGGCUACCGUUGACAGAGACUACGGGAUCUUGAACAAGGUCUUCCACAAUAUCACGGACACGCACGUGGCGCAUCACCUGUUCUCGACCAUGCCGCAUUAUCACGCGAUGGAAGCUACCAAGGCGAUAAAGCCGAUACUGGGAGAGUAUUAUCAGUUCGAUGGGACGCCGGUGGUUAAGGCGAUGUGGAGGGAGGCGAAGGAGUGUAUCUAUGUGGAACCGGACAGGCAAGGUGAGAAGAAAGGUGUGUUCUGGUACAACAAUAAGUUAUGAAGCAAAGAAGAAACUGAACCUUUCUCUUCUAUGAUUGUCUUUGUUUAAGAAGCUAUGUUUCUGUUUCAAUAAUCUUAAUUAUCCAUUUUGUUGUGUUUUCUGACAUUUUGGCUAAAAUUAUGUGAUGUUGGAAGUUAGUGUCUAAAAUGUCUUGUGUCUGUAUUGUUCUUCUUCUCAUCGCUGUUAUGUUUGGGAUCGUUGAAAUGUGACUUUCGGACUAGUGAACUCUUGUUCUCGAACUAUCUUAA